AUGCUUAGCAGCAUCAAGUCCACUCUUCUCGCUUCGCUGGCUCUAGCUUUCACCGCGCAAGCGUGCCUCGAAGUUUCAGGUUAUGCUUCCACCGGUCUCGGCGUCCGCGUGAAUCUGGAAUUCGUCGACAACGGAUCAAAGGUCAUCGAUGGCGGCGUAGAUGCCGCUAAGGGCACCAUAAACGGUAACGAGGGUUACUCGGUGGACUUUGACUGGAAUGAGACUGCGGGCCCCAUUCAUGUUACCUACAAGACACCCCACGGAGAAUUUGUAUUCGACGUCGAUAACAAUGGCUGCAGCUACUGGAACUGCUGCGGAGGUACCAUCCCUUGCAGCUGUGCGUCUUGCCAGUUCCGUACUAGACAGUACUGCUGA